CCCCGGAACACCUUUGGCGCGUCUCCCAGGAGGGCCGGGCCGACGGGGCGGACGGCGGGGCGUUGUCAGGUUCGCCUCCUCAGCUCUGUUCCUCCUGGCCGCUCUGCGCCGGACUCCCUCCCCGGCUUGUAGAACACUAUUUUGGACUUGAAAGUAUGUCAUCAUGGCAAAGUUUCGGAGAAGGACUUGCAUCAUUUUGUCACUUUUUAUUCUAUUUAUUUUCUCUGUGAUGAUGGGUUUAAAAAUGCUGAGACCAAAUACAGCUGGUUUUGGAGCACCUUUCGGACUAGACCUUCUUCCAGAACUUCAUCAACGAACUAUUCAUUCGAGAAAAAGUUUUGAUUACCAAAAAAUUAAUAGAAUCAAUGAUGAAGUAAAUACCAAGAAUUCAAAAAAUGCUGAAACCACUGUCAAACCUUCCAAAGCCUCUGAACUUAACCUGGAUGAACUACCACCUCUGAAUUAUUAUUUACAUGCAUUUUAUUACAGUUGGUAUGGAAAUCCACAAUUUGAUGGUAAAUAUAUACAUUGGAAUCAUCCAAUUUUAGAACACUGGGACCCUAGAAUAGCCAAGAAUUAUCCUCAAGGAAGACACAGCCCUCCAGAUGACAUUGGUUCCAGCUUUUAUCCUGAGUUGGGAAGUUAUAGCUCUCGAGACCCUUCUGUCAUAGAAACUCACAUGAGGCAAAUGCGUUCAGCUUCUAUUGGUGUGCUAGCCCUGUCUUGGUAUCCACCAGAUACAAACGAUGCUAAUGGACAACCUGCUGAUGACUUGGUGCCGACUAUUUUGGAUAAAGCUCAGAAAUAUAAUCUAAAGGUCACUUUUCAUAUAGAACCGUAUAACAAUCGCGAUGAUCAGAACAUGUAUAAAAAUGUCAAAUAUAUAAUAGACAAAUACGGAAAUCAUUCUGCCUUUUACAGAUACAAGACAGAGGCUGGGAAUACCCUUCCUAUGUUUUAUAUCUAUGAUUCUUAUAUCACAAAGCCUGAAAAAUGGAUCAAUCUGUUAACCCCUUCCGGUGCUCACAGUGUUCGCAAUUCUCCUUAUGAUGGUUUGUUUAUUGCACUUCUGGUAGAAGAAAAACAUAAAUAUGAUAUUCUUCGAAGUGGUUUUGAUGGAAUUUACACCUACUUUGCCACAAAUGGCUUUACUUAUGGCUCGUCACACCAGAACUGGCCCAAACUAAAAGUCUUCUGUGACAGAUACAAUUUGAUGUUCAUCCCAAGCGUGGGUCCGGGUUACAUAGACACCAGCAUCCGUCCAUGGAAUACUCAAAACACUCGAAACCGAAUCAAUGGGAAGUAUUAUGAAGUGUCUAUGACUGCUGCAAUUCAGGCUCAACCCAGUUUAAUUUCCAUUACAUCUUUUAAUGAGUGGCAUGAAGGAACUCAGAUUGAAAAAGCUGUUCCCAAAAGAACCAGCAAUACGGUAUACCUAGAUUACCGACCUCAUAAACCAGGUCUUUAUCUGGAAUUAACUCGCAAGUGGUCUGAAAGAUACAGUAAAGAAAGAACAACUUAUACUAAGAUGUUUAAUGCAUAUUGAUACAUUGCUUAAGGAGUCCUUGUUAUCAGAAGCCCAUGAUUUAAAUAAAGUUUUUUUUGUUUUGUUUUGAAUUAUGGGGAAAACCUGUCCAAAUCAAUAUACACUGUUUCUGUUAUUCUUUCAUAUAAAUGGCAUUUUAAGAUUUGUUGGUUGUCGCUACUCUUUAUUGCACUGAAAAAAUAUCUGAGAUAAAAACUGUACAAAUAACAUUCCUUGUGGUGUAAUUUCCUGUGUUCCUAACUGAAAUUAAAAUUCUAGUUCAAUGACUGUCAUUCCACUGUAGAUAAAUGCCUUUGUUCCAUAAAGGAGUUAGCACACAGUUAAAUCAGAUGUGCAUACUGGGCCUAAAGAACUCAUAACAUGGCUAUUCCACAUGUGUUUCAAAAAAAUGUGUUGUUUUUCAAUGACUCAAACAACACAAUUAUAUUGAUAUUCAGACUGAAUAACUCUAAAAUGAUGCCAUUUUUAAGAAUGAUAAAAUUACUGUUACUCUGAUUUUUACUGUGAAUCAGGAACACAUUAAAAUACUGUUUUCGUUUUUAAUUGUGUAAGUUAAGUCUUCAGGAAGGCGUACUUUCUGUGUCAUAAUCCACGCCAUCAUUGCAGAUUCAGGGUUACAUAGAGCUUGCCACUUUGUGCAUGAUUACUAUUUUUGCAUUCUCAUCAUACAUUACAGAUUUCAGAAGGGUUGGAAAGUACCUCAAUAAAAGUUUAUGAUUGCUUCUCAAUUGUUAGGGAGACAGUUGUUUCAUAAUUGUUAUAAAUAUACAAUAUUUCAAUAUGUAUCAUUUCUAAGGUAACAUAGCAUUUUAAUGUAUUAUUACUUUGAUUUUCAUAUCUUUAGUGCUAACAACUAAAAUUGUUUCUACAAUUGGAUUAUCUUUUUAGAUUUUAUUAUAACCAAAAGUAGCCAAAACAGUCAGAUUUUAGAGAUGUGGAAAUAAAAAGCACUUGUUAUUUACUUGAAAUUGCUUAAGAACUUUAAAUUCCCAUACACAUAAUAUCCUUGAUUUAAAUGUUAUAUUUUACACACCUUUUAGAUUAAAAUACUUGUGAUCAAUAGCUGCUUGCUGCAUUUUGACAGUCAAAUUGAUCAAUUGUAUGUUAAAACUUAAUUGCUUUAUAAACUAAUAAUAAAAUGCAUUCUAUUAAUAGAUAUGUAGAACUAUAACUGCUGCAAAAAUCUAAUAUAUAAUUACAUCAUUUUUUAUUUAUAAUAUAGUUAAUUCUAUUAAGAGUAGUAGGUAGUAUGACACAAAACACAUAAAUUUUCAGAGUAUGAAAACAUUAAUUCAGAAAGGGGUUCCCGUAAAUUUAUCAUAAAAUAGCCAUUAGAUGAUAAAAUGACUCUUAAAAUGGAUUUAAAUAAAAUGCAAUUCAAUUUCAUUAAGAUUAGCUUUAUUUAUUUCCUAAAAAUUAAUCAUUUUUCAAAGAACAAUCAAGCCAUAGACUGUUAGUGCAAAUAGUAAUAAUACUUUUAUGUAAGAAAUAAGUAUGAACCAAUAUAAUGGCAUGAUAGCCAUUGACAUUCACGUAAAGAACUUACAAAUAGAAACUGAAGUUUUUUUCUUAGACCCAGUUAACUACCUUGUAUUAUUUAAGGGUUGAUUAUGGUGGCAUAUAAAUUGUGAAUUUCUUUCUUAUAUCAGUUAACCAUACCUAUGUUAUUUUAGGAAUAUGUCAGAUCUAGCAACCAGUUACACUAUAUUUAAUUAAAGUUUUGUGAGAAAUAUCUUCUAAAAGAGGAAUUUCCAUCAUUACUUUUGUUUUGUACUUGAAUCACUGUGGGAAAAAAAAAUAUUGAAAUACUUCUGAGAGUUAGAGACAGUUAUGUCUUUGAGAAACAAAAAAGCAUCAGGAAGACUUCAGUGUGGAUAUCCACCACAUUCUAUCUGAUAUCCAUCGCUGACAUAGCUAAACCACUACUUUAUGCUUCACUCAGAAGCUCUGUUACAGUUCUCCAAGUCAUUCAUCCAAGUAGCAAAGUAACAGUGAGAUCUCAAGAUAAGGCAGAUCCUGUCUUCACUGGGAAGGUUUAUUCUCAAGGAAAGAAUAUUUGGUAUCUGGUCUCGUAAAGGUUUACUAAUUUAUAAUUCUUAAAAUAUAUUUUCUCCUUUUUGAAGUAAAACCAUUGCAUUUGUAUCUUUUCAUUCAUGAGUUUAUUUCUGUUUCAAGCCAAGAUAGAAAAUAUUGAAAAAAAAAUAUGUACUGAACAAACAUGUACAGAGUCUUUUAUUUUGUUUUUGUUUCUUUUAGCUCUUUAUGCUCCAAACAGUACCAGUUGAGAAUUAUUUAGGGUGUGUUAGGUACACAAUUGAUGUGGCCAUGUUGAAAGAAUAUGGGGAAACUAACAGGUUACGUACAGACAUUGCACCAUUUUAUAGGAGAGAUUUGAGCAGCUGUGUUUGAAACUCCUUACUUCUUAGGAAUAAAAUAAAAAUCUUCCCUCAGGUAUUCUUUACAACUGCCUUUACCAUUUGACUUGAAAUAUAUAGUUCAUGUUAUGCUCCGAAAUAAGGAUACUCUUAGUUUUAGAAAGCCUUUUAAUCAAUAAGCUAAAAUAGCUGCUAAAACACAGUGAUAUCUGCAAUGAAUGAAUUUUAGUGAAAUUUUACAUUAUUUGUAAGGUUUAAUUAUUUUGAUUGUUUUGACUGUAUAAAGACCUAUUGAUUGCUCUUUCAAUGGAGGUUGUCAAACUUCUGUCACUAUGUCAUCUGAGUUGUAAGUUACUCUUUUCUGUCUUAUAGUUGCACACUUUUAAAAGUGAUACUUUUGUUAUACAGAAUAAAUUUUCACCUAAUAAAAGCAUAUGUAAAUAA